UCGUUCCGACGGUGCCGUUCCGCGCUUGCGGCGCUCUAAGCUGAAAUGACUUGGGCCGGACUAAACACUCGGACCGGAGGGUCUCGGGAGAGCGCGCGGUGGUGGUUGUGCACCGAGAGGAACCGGAAGUGAAGUUGGAGGAAUGGUUGCCAUAAAAGCGACAGAGUCUCUUUCCGAAUGAGUCUUCAUUUUGUUCAUCUGGUCUAUGUUAUUCACAAUAUAUAGUAGCAUCAGUGCACUGGAUCGCCUGACUGAAUAACCUGCCCGGAAGUCAAUAUCCACCCAACUUAUCACAGACCAGCAAAGACAACCCGAAGCCGACUUGACGAUGGGCGGCCCCGAAUCCCGGAAGACUGUCCGUGUCGGCAUCUACCUACCUCGCGACGCGCAGGUGCUUGACCUGGCAUGUGUCGACAUUUUCGGCACUAUGAGCUAUGAGUACCUGUCGCCUCAGAAAGACAUGGUUCCUGCCGUUCUUUAUAAUCUCGCGCCCAGUGUCCAGUUCUUUUACAUUGGCAAAGUCCAACCCGGCGAGCUCAUCCCGCUGACCUCGGGCUCGAAAUUGAUGUGCACUCACCACAUGUCCGACCCCGAGGUCCAGCCCGGCAAGCUGGACAUUUUGUGCGUGCCUGGGCCGGACCCACGAAACACAUGGGACGACAGCUCCGAGCUGGAAUGGCUCGCCGCCCACGCCGCCAGGCAAGACACCGACAUCCUCUGCAUAUGCACAGCCAUCUUCCUGUGCGGCGCCGCCGGGAUUCUCAAAGGCAAAAAAGCCUGCGCGCCGCGGGGCCUCCAGCAAAAGCUGAAGGGCAUGUUUGAGGGGGUGACAUGGCUUGGCGAUAGCCUCCGAUGGAACCAGGACGGCAACUUCUGGUCCUGUGGGGGCAUCACCAACGGAAACGACUUGGUCUCGGCCUACGCCCGACAGAGCCCCCUCUUUCCUGGCCCCGUGGCAGAAUUUGGCCUGGCUCUGACCGAAACUGGCGACAGACCCCAGGUGUACACGACGGGCAAAACCAUCUUCACUCUGGGCAUUGUGUGGCAGCUCGUGAAGGCUGUUUUUCUGAGUCUCGGGAAGAAGUCGAAGACGACAUGAAGUUCAUGGCAGAAACAGAGAGGAGUGGGGAAUUAAGACAGGCCUGUUGACCGGUCGCCCGUCCAGGCACUUUGUCAUUCGAAAACAAUCUUCUGGCAUCUCUACUCUGUAUCGUCUCUCCGAAUUUGAUUUUCUCCAGGGAGCACCCUUGACCGUCACUCAGCGCCAGUGACGAGCAUAAAAUGGAGGGUCCUGGGAGGUACAGGGGCAGUGGAGAGGAACGAGCCAAAUAAGAGACGGAAAAUAUUUCACUGUAGCAACCUAAUGCAGCAGAAGUGUAUCUUGGGAUUUUCGGGGUAGUGCUUUUCUUGUAGAACGUCACCAGUUCGAGUGAGGAUUUCUACACGAAAUCUAACAGAAUUAAUGAAGGAGACGCCAAAAACCAUGUGAUAUCGAAACGCAAACUAUAAUGCGAUUGAGAAAAUGCAAGUUCGCGCCUCGAGUCCAAGUCGGCCACAACCGA